UGCGCGGUAGUUUCCUGGGAAAGCAGAGCAGGACCAGACCGGAGCUAGCGCAGUCUCUGAGCACCGGCUCCAGCAUCCCGCCAGGGGUGGCAGGUGUGUGGGAGGCUUCCAAUCAUUCCACCAUGGCUUUCCUUGGACUCUUCUCUUUACUGGUUCUACAAAGUAUGGCUUUAGGCAACACUGUCCCGGGUGAAAGAUUUGCUGAGUUGUCUGUGAAUAUGUACAACCGUCUCAGAGCCACAGGGGAGGAUGAAAACAUUGUCUUCUCUCCACUGAAUAUUGCUCUUGCAAUGGGAAUGAUGGAACUUGGGGCCCAGGGGUCUACCCAGAAUGAGAUCCGCCAUUCAAUGGGUUAUGACAGCUUGAAAAAUGGGGAAGAAUUUCCUUUCUUCGAGGAUUUUUCUAACAUGGUAACUGCCGAAAAGAGCCAGUACGUAAUGAAAAUGGCCAAUUCCCUCUUUGUGCAGAAUGGAUUUCAUAUCAAUGAUGAGUUUUUGAAAAUGAUGAAAAAAUUCUUUAACGCAGAAGUGUACCAUGUGGACUUCAGCCAAAAUAUAGCCGCGGCCGCUCACAUCAACCAGUGGGUGCAAAACAAUACAGACGAUCUGUUGAAAGAUUUGGUAUCCUCAAGGGACUUUGACGCUGCCACUCACCUGGCCCUUGUCAAUGCUGUGUAUUUCAAGGGGAACUGGAAGUCGCAGUUUAGACCUGAAAACACUAGAACAUUUUCUUUCACUAAAGAUGAUGAAAGUGAAGUUCAAAUUCCAAUGAUGUAUCAACAAGGAGAGUUUUAUUAUGGGGAAUUUAGUGAUGGCUCCAAUGAGGCUGGGGGAAUCUACCAAGUCCUUGAAAUACCGUAUGAGGGAGAUGAGAUAAGCAUGAUGCUGGCCCUGUCCAGGCAGGAAGUCCCCCUGGCUACUCUAGAGCCCCUGGUCAAACCACAGCUGAUUGAAGAAUGGGCCAACUCCGUGAAGAAGCAGAAAGUGGAAGUCUACCUGCCCAGGUUUACAGUGGAGCAGGAAAUUGAUUUAAAAGAUGUUUUGAAGGCUCUCGGAAUAACUGAGAUUUUCAUCAAAAAUGCAAAUUUGACGGCCAUGACUGAUAACAAGGAGAUUUUCCUUUCCAGAGCCAUCCACAAGUCCUUCUUAGAGGUUAAUGAGGAAGGCGCAGAGGCUGCGGCUGCCUCAGGAAUGAUUGCAAUUAGUAGAAUGGCUGUGCUGUACCCUCAAGUCAUCGUGGACCAUCCAUUUUUCUUUCUUAUCAGGAAUAGGAGGACUGGUGCAAUCCUAUUCAUGGGGCGAGUCAUGCAUCCGGAAACAAUGAACACGCGUGGACAUGACUUUGAGGAACUUUAAAUUAUUUCACGUGACAACACGGAAAACAGUAACUAAGCACAUUAUGUUUGCAACUGGUAUAUACUUAGCAUUUGUGUUUUACAGUAUCUCUUAAUAUUUAAAAUAGCUCCAGAUGGAAAUAGUGUAUGUAAAUUACAAGUCCAUUUGUUGAGGAAUGUUAUCAGGGUUAAGAUGAUGGUCGUGUUAUGUGAUGUGUUUGUUGUGCUGUUGUUUAAAAUAAAAGUAUAUAU